AUGGAAGGCAAAGCAUGCUCCAGAACUGAUUUUUGCACCGGAGUUGGAAUGGAGAAUCCAAGACACGUCAUACGGGAUAAAAGCCAUUGUGGUAUUUGCUCUGUAUAUGCGGAAGAGAAUGUGAAGUCUUCGCCUGUCUGCGGUAUUGUUGCGGGUGUCGCUUUUCGAGAAGACGAACCAUGAUCAGAUCCAUGGAUACCUGUACUACUCACUGUCGUCGUCGAGGGCCUUUUCUGAGACAAAGCCUGUUCCUCUCGCGCCCAAUUGCAAGAACGAGAGUUGUUUCUAGAACGGGAAUAGUUUGCGGAAUAAGAGGAUCUCGACGAAAGAGAGGUGGGACGCUUUCUCGCUGCGGCACAUCGGCGGUGCACAGUCUUCGAGUGCUGUAAACACAGUUGGUUCACAAAAGCUGACAUCAAAAACAAAUCAGGGAGAGGGGUCCGGCCGCUGCAUUCAACCAAAACAAGCAUGUGUCGAUUCUGCAAAACGAUGUUCAGGUCAUUUCUUCAAGGGAGCGCACGUUGAGCUCAAGAUUCUUAAAAGAACGGAUACCCGGUAGCAUUGUUUCGUCACGAUUCAGGACAAAUUAUGCGUCGACCAAUUGACGAAUUGGCGUGAAGGACAGCUGUUGAGGCCUACAAGAGCUCCUUUUUUAUGCAUGUCCAAUUACCAAUGGUACAGUGCCAAUGGUACCCUUCGGUAUGACAAGGGCCGAAUGGCAGUUGGAUCCGGCGGCAUCUAUUUCCCUAGUUGCUUCGGUACAUCAUGACAAUCAUACAGUACCCAAGGGUACCCAAGGGUACUGUACGGAAGGACCAUACUCCAGAGGGCUGGUGGCAAUGUCCUUCUCUUGUAUCAGCUCCUGCCCUGAGGGUGUCUAUUGACAAAGAGCUGUCCUGUUCUUGAGGAGAGCUGACAGCAGUAGUAUCACCAUCGUCAGCUCUUUCUCUCAGUCAUCAGCUCUGUUUUUGGUUCCUCUUCGCACGGCCUGUCAUCAGGAUACGGCUGCAUAUCCAGAAUCGACGCACUGCCGACUCAGGCUUUCAAAAGCAGGCAUUCUCCUUUAAGUACAAGUGCCACUAAAAACAACGUCAAAGAAUUCAUUAAACAUUCAAAUAUCUAUUCA